UGAGCGUGCGUGGCCGCGGUGCGCGACGGUUCUUUGACUCGGCGCCGGGAGUCAGUCAACCCGGUGACGGCUUACGGGUUGCGUGUCGUGCUGGUCUCCUCUCCGAGAACGCGCGUUGCGUCGCGUGCGUGCGCGCGGCUGCGAGAGCAGAAAAAAACCGUCAGGUGUCAUCGGUGUAAUCGAGGUGUGCGCGGUGCGUCCAAAUCGACAGUGGUCUCGCGAGGCGAGGGAGACCGUCGCGCGUGAGAGAGAAAGAGAGAGAGAGAGAGAGAGAGGGCCGCUCGUUCCGAAAAUGCGAAAAGCCCGCGCGGUGACACACUCGUCUCUUCUCGCUGAAACGCACGCCUGCUCGCGAGCAUUCCAUUCCGCCCGGCCGAGACGCGCGAUGCAUCUCGUUGUACAUCGCCAACGAGGUGAGCGCCGGUGAGCGUCGAUCGAGGGAUCUUUCUUUCGCCGGUGGCGCGUCGAUCGAUUAUACGUAUCGCGCGCGCGGGAUUGCUGGACUCUCGCGUCGUGCCCGUUGUGUUUGUGUUAUGCGCUGACGCGAUGAAACGAGGAGGAAGCGCGUGCGAUCUCUGAGAUCUCGAGAUCGAUCGUGAUCGCUCUCUCUCCCCCUUUCUCUUUCUUCGGUCGACUUGCGUAAGUUGUUGUUACGCGACGAUAAAAGAAAACGCUGGACCUUUGGAAUCUUUUUUUUUUCUGGACCGUUGUUGUUCGAAGAAGCCGUCGAGUGACGAAAAAAAAGUGCGCGCGAGUGCAAAAGGAGCUCUCCCGUGAAUCCCGUGCAGACCCCGCUACGUGAGCGAGGCGGCGAUCCGGCGAGCUGCCGCGGCUCGAGAGGAUUUACGAGGAGGACUCCGCCAGGACGUCGACGGUACUCGACGCUUGCGGACGACGUACGACCACCACUGUCGCCGCCGCCGGUGCAUCCGCCGCGAUGGAGGACGAGCUACGGUGUCCCUCCUGCAAGGAGUUGUUCGUGGAGCCGGUGCUGCUGCCCUGCUGGCACGCGUUGUGCCUGGCGUGCGCGGUAAAUCUCCAGGCGCCGCCGGACUCGCCGCCCGAGUCCACCGCGGACUCGUCGAACGCCCCCGGCUCCGACCAGGAGGCCGACAAGCUGUCGAUCCUCUCGGAGACCGACUCCGGCGUGGUCUGCAGCAGCACGUCCACCAGCUCCCGGCCGGGCAGCUACGUCGGCACCCCGGGGAACGGCGGUUUCCCGCCGUCCGGCGGUACCCUCUGCCUCUCGUGUCCGGUCUGCCAGAAGACCGUCUACUUCGACGAGGGCGGCGCCCACAAUCUGCCCAAGUACCGCGCGAUGCAGCACAUCGUCGACAAGUACCAGGAGUCGCGGAACUCGCGGCUGCAGUGUCAGAUGUGCGAGGGGGAGCCGCGCGACGCGACUGUCGCGUGCGAACAGUGCGAGGUUUUAUACUGCGACGCCUGUAGGGAGUCUUGCCAUCCGAAGAGGGGCCCAUUGGCAGCCCACAACCUGGGACCACCGAGAGGCAGCUGGCAAUUAAGUGGCAGCAAGGGAUCUCGACCCGAGGGCACGCCGAUCUGCAACGAUCACAAUGGCGAAGCGGUGACCCUCUACUGUGCCCUUUGCAAAAUCGCGAUAUGCGCCCUGUGUCUUCGGGAUCGUCACGCCGCGCAUCCUCACGACGUUCUGCCGUUGGCUGCUGCUUGCAAAGCGCAAAAGGUAAGAAAACGAUCUUGAACAUUUUCACCGAAUGCCACUUUCACAUGUGAAGUUUCUAUGCGAUUGACACAUGAAAAGCGAUAUAUUUCGUCGAUAAUUGCGUUAGCUUAAAAGAUUCCUUCUUAUAUAUGUUUAUGUUGCAAUAUGAAGACUAGGAUUUUGUCUUUGAUGACGUAAAGGAAAAUUAGUAUACGAAAGUUAAGAAAAGAAUAUUCUUGUUUUGAGAAUAUCUUUUCUAAAAUGAGAUUACAUAGUGUUAAAUAGAUAUAACUGAUUUACUGGAAAAAUUUCUUACAGUUCGAAAAAUUCUUAUAGGAAAAAA